GGUCGACAACAGCAUCCUUCUCCGAACAACAGAAAGACCAGAGCUGGACGGGAUUUAGUCCAGUGGCUGCGAGCGAGGGAAAGUAACCCGGGGGAUUUUAGAUUUACUGCCUCAGAGGAAGAAGAAGAAGACGGAGGAGGAGAGUGGCUGAAAGUUUCCAGCCUGUAGCCUCAUGUUCCGAGUUAGCUAGCGAGCUAUCGUUCACUAUUACCGCUCUGCGAACGUCUGCCUUGCGCCUUUUCUGACCUGGCGGAGCAGCCUGUUCGUCCCCGGACAGAGGAAGCCAGUUCUUCGUUUUUCACUGGGCGUCUCCCGGGCUUCCACACUUCCUCCAGUUAGUUUAACUGGCCAUAACGUGGCUUUUUCUAUACGGUUUUCGCGUUCAUUGGUGUUUCUUCUUGUGCCAUGUCUGCGCCAUCCUCCGCGCCUUCCGCCCCGCCAGAGAACACUGCGACAGAACAUGAUUUUCUAGCCCCUGAUGCAGGGCAGAGGCCGCCCGGUCCGACGCCCAGUCAGAGCCGUUUCCAGGUGGACCUUGUGGCUGAGGCAGCGGGCGCCGCCGAAGACAAGUCCCCGAACUCUGACGCCUCCUCAUCGGUCCUAUCCGGCGAAAAGGCUCCUCAAGAGUGUCCGGGUGCUGAUUCGGGGGCCGGUGGAGAGGAAGCCAAAGGCCGGUUUCGGGUGGUGAACUUCGCGGAUCCGAGCGGAGCGGGGAGCGCGGCCUCUCCGGAGGCACCGCCGGCUGAGGGGCUGCAGAACGGGGACACGGUGAUGAGCGAGACGAGCUUGCAUUCAUCCACAUGCGGCCAGCAUCACUAUCACUAUGACACCCACACCAACACCUACUACCUAAGGACUUUCGGUCACAACACCAUCGAUGCCGUGCCCAACAUCGAUUUCUACCGGCAGACAGCUGCACCGCUGGGGGAGAAACUCAUCAGACCCACCCUGUCGGAGCUGCACGAUGAGCUGGACAAGGAGCCAUUUGAGGAUGGGUUUGCCAACGGAGAUGAGCUGACCCCGGCUGAGGAGGCUGCGGCUAAAGAAGCAGCCGAGUCCAAAGGAGUGGUUAAGUUUGGCUGGAUUAAAGGAGUCCUGGUCCGCUGCAUGUUGAACAUCUGGGGUGUGAUGCUCUUCAUCCGCAUGUCCUGGAUCGUGGGUCAGUCUGGAAUUGCUCUCUCCUGCUUGAUUGUUGCCAUGGCAACGGUAGUGACGACCAUCACCGGCCUCUCCACCUCUGCUAUCGCCACCAACGGGUUUGUACGAGGAGGUGGAGCGUAUUACUUGAUUUCCAGGAGUCUGGGACCAGAGUUUGGAGGCUCUAUCGGUCUGAUAUUUGCCUUCGCCAAUGCAGUGGCUGUUGCCAUGUAUGUGGUGGGCUUUGCUGAAACUGUUGUGGAACUUCUCGCCGGUGCAGACGCUCUCAUGACGGAUCAAACAAACGACAUCCGGAUCAUCGGCACCAUCACGGUCAUCCUCCUGCUGGGCAUCUCUGUGGCAGGAAUGGAAUGGGAGGCCAAGGCGCAGAUCUUCCUGCUCAUCGUCCUCAUCACAGCCAUCAUCAACUACUUCAUCGGAACCUUCAUUCCUGUCAAGGCGAAGGAAUCUGUUGGCUUCUUCGGCUACGACGGUGCGAUCAUGUGGGAGAACAUGGGUCCGAACUUCCGGGGAGAGACGUUCUUCUCCGUCUUUGCUAUCUUCUUCCCUGCAGCCACUGGUAUUCUGGCUGGAGCCAACAUUUCAGGAGACCUCGCUGACCCUCAGCUGGCCAUUCCCAGAGGAACUCUACUGGCCAUAUUGAUCACAGGAAUAGUCUACCUGGGUGUUGCUGUUUCAACAGGCUCCUGCAUCGUGAGGGACGCCACUGGGAAUGUGAAUGACACUCUCAGCUCUCAGUUCAUUACGAACUGCACUGAUGCUGCCUGCAAGUUCGGCUACGACUUCUCCAGCUGUAAGAAUACUAAGUGCAACUACGGACUCCAGAAUGACUUCCAGGUGAUGAGUAUGGUUUCUGGUUUUGGGCCCAUCAUCACUGCAGGAAUCUUCUCUGCCACUCUAUCCUCAGCUCUGGCCUCUUUAGUCAGUGCACCUAAAGUGUUCCAGGCUCUGUGUAAAGACAACAUCUACCCCGGCCUGGGCAUGUUCGCCAAGGGCUACGGCAAGAACAACGAGCCCCUCCGAGGCUACAUCCUGACCUUUGGUAUCGCCCUGGCCUUCAUCCUCAUCGCUGAGCUGAACACGAUCGCUCCCAUCAUCUCCAACUUCUUCUUGGCGUCCUACGCCUUGAUCAACUUCUCUGUGUUCCACGCCUCACUGGCCAACUCACCAGGGUGGCGUCCCAGCUUCAAAUACUACAACAUGUGGGUUUCCCUGGCCGGAGCCGUUCUGUGCUGUGUGGUGAUGUUCGUCAUCAACUGGUGGGCCGCUCUCCUCACCAACGUCAUCGUCCUGGGUCUGUAUAUCUACGUCAGCUACAAGAAGCCAGAUGUGAACUGGGGCUCGUCGACCCAGGCUCUGACCUACCACCAGGCCCUGACCCACACUCUGCACCUCAGUGGAGUGGAGGACCACAUCAAGAACUUCAGACCCCAGUGUUUGGUGAUGACUGGUUACCCCAACUCUCGCCCAGCUCUUCUGGACCUGGUCCACAGCUUCACCAAGAACGUGGGCCUAAUGAUCUGUGGUCACAUCCGCACGGGCUACAGAAGACCAAACUUCAAAGACCUGGCCACAGACCAGUCCCGGUACCAGCGCUGGCUGCUGAAGAACGAGACCAAAGCUUUCUAUACCCCGGUGUUCGCCGAGGACAUGAGGCAGGGCUCUCAGUACCUGCUGCAGGCCGCUGGUCUGGGUCGCCUCAAGCCCAACACCCUGGUGCUGGGCUUCAAGAAUGACUGGAGGGACGGCGACAUGAUGAACGUGGAGACUUACAUCAGUAUGAUCCACGACGCCUUUGACUUUCAGUUUGGUGCCGUCAUUCUGCGACUGAAGGAGGGUCUAGAUGUGUCCCAUAUCCAAGGACAAGAUGACUUGCUGUCCUCCCAGGAGAAGUCCUCAGUGAUGAAAGAUGUGAUCGUGUCCAUAGACACCAGCAAAGACUCUGAUGCUGAUUCGUCCAAGCCGUCCUCCAAGGCCACCAGCCUCCAGAACAGUCCAGCUAUACAGAAAGAUGACGAUGAUGAUGGCAAAGCUCCAACUCAGCCCCUGUUGAAAAAAGACAAGAGGAGUCCGACUGUGCCGCUGAACGUGUCUGACCAGAGGCUGCUGGAGGCCAGCCAGCAGUUCCAGAAGAAACAAGGGAAGGGCACCGUGGACGUCUGGUGGCUGUUUGAUGAUGGAGGUCUGACCCUGCUGAUCCCCUACCUGCUGACCAACAAGAAGAGGUGGAAGGACUGCAAGAUCCGCGUCUUCAUCGGAGGCAAGAUCAACAGGAUCGACCACGACCGCCGAGCGAUGGCCACUCUGCUGAGCAAGUUCAGGAUAGACUUCUCUGACAUCACUGUGCUGGGAGACAUAAACACCAAGCCCAAGAAGGAGCACGUGACGGCCUUCGAGGAGUUGAUCGAGCCGUACCGGCUGAAGGAGGACGACAUGGAGCAGGAGGCGGCUGAGAGGCUAAAGAACAGUGAACCGUGGAGGAUCACAGACAACGAGCUGGAGCUGUACCGCGCCAAGACUAAUCGUCAGAUCAGACUCAACGAGCUACUGAAGGAGCACUCGAGCACAGCCAACCUCAUCGUCAUGAGCCUGCCGCUGGCCAGGAAGGGCGCCGUGUCCAGCGCUCUCUACAUGGCCUGGCUGGAGGUGUUGUCUAAGGACCUGCCGCCCAUCCUGCUGGUGCGCGGCAACCACCAGAGCGUCCUCACCUUCUACUCUUAAACGCACACGCAGAGGAAAAUCAAGUUUUUAAAUCUCACAUCCCCUGUCUGCCUCUGGGUGCAGACACACACACACACACACACACACACACACACACAUACACACACACACAUCCAUCCCAUUUCCAGUCGACACCUCAAGGUGCAGCACAUAAACUUCAGAGACGGUUAAAACACACACACAGCCACUGAUGGAAAUAACGCUGGUUAUGUUAGUAAAGAUGAAGGAAGAGAUAUGGGUUGAGAUGUGUAAAUGCUC